CACAACUUCCGGGUCACCAUGGCUAGCCGUUAGCUUCUUUUAGCUUGUCGAGUUUAAACCACGGAAAGCUGUAGAAGUCUGAUGGCUUCAUUUGGCUGGAAGAGGAAAGUUGGUGAGAAGGUUUCAAAGUCGGUGGUGCAGCAGUUUGAGGCUGAGGCAGAGGGGAAGGCUGAAGGUGCUGGACGGAGUAAGGAUGAGGACGUGGACUGGCUGCACGCGAUCAAACGACGGCGGGAGAUCCUGCUGGAGGACUGUGAAACCAAGAGCAAGAGGCUGAAGGAUGAAGGUGCAAUGCUGGCUGAACAUGGCAGGCACUGGGAGGCCAUUAAGAAGUUGGAUGAGGCCAUUCAGCUGACUCCAGACAAUCCACUACUGUAUGAAAUGAAGUCUCAGGCACUGACCAUUUUGCAGGAAGUGUUCCCUGCUGUGAAGGCUGGAGAGAUGGCAGUGAAAUUAAGCCCCCUUUGGUGGGAGGGCUGGCAGACUCUGGGCCGCGCCCAGCUCAACCUUGGAGAGGUGGACCUGGCUGUGAGGUCCUUCCAGGUUGCAAUCCACCUGUGUCCAUCAGAGCGCACACUAUGGGAGGAAGACCUGGAGUGGGCAUCCAGGCUACAGAAGCAGCAUUUAGCAACCAAGGAGAAGGCUCGGCAAGAGGAGGAGGCCAAAAAACAGAUCCUAAAUGCCCCCGAGCUCGAGCAGGAGUAUGACUUUGAGUCUGAUGAGGUGCUGGCCGCCUGCGUGGCUGUUGCUGAUCGACAGACGCGCUAUGAGGAGCUGAAGAGGACUGCUGUGGUCAUGGACGCUGACGGGAAUGUGAAAAAUGUACUCAUUGGGGAGGGAGGAUCAGAGGACGCAGGGAUACCAUCAGAAGAACAGUUUGUCAAAGCAAGAGCACUUUGAAUUGGUUUCAGCAUGAAUUGAUUGUACUGGUUACAUGUUUUAGGACUGAGUGGUGUUAUUUCUGCAGCCACAGUGAGUGUGUGUGUGUGUGAAGCUAUAGCAUAAAAAACUAUUCAGAAGCAGGGUUGCAGUGGCAUACUGUGAAACCGCAUAUCGUGGUAUGAAAAUUGACAGUUAUCAUAACGUGACAUUUGCUUAUAUAUGGUAUUGAAAAAAAAAAGUUUCAUGUUUCAAUUAUAACAACAACAACAAAAAAAACUUAUGUUUUUAUUCCUUUAAGGGUAAUUGUUAUUUAUAAGAAUAAUAAUAAUUGUUUAAUACCGUAUGCCGUAAUACUGUGAAACUAAUGUUUGCUGAGACUGUUAUAAUAUCAUGAAAAUCUCAUACCGUUGCAACCCUAUUCAGAAGCAACAGAAUAUAAGGCAUUUAAGUUUUGUUGUUUUCCAUCCCUUAAAUGUUAAUUGUGUUAAAUGUGCAUGUAGAGUGUUAAUAUGUUUUGAAGCUUUAACUUAACUGUCUCUUUCUUCUGGAUAGUACAAAAACACUGACUUUUUAUAUGUGAUUAUUUAUAAAAGUAAGACGCAUUUUCCAAAAAUAAUGUUGACCGAAGAAGCAUAACAAAAGCUCUAGUUACACUGAUUAACCUGUAGCUGUAGCAGUUAAAAGCUGCUAACACGUUAAUGAAAAAACAAAAUUAAACAUUUGUGUUAGAGCUUUUAUAGUACAUUAAAUUGAUUUAUUGUUGAACUGAGUAUCCUCCAGGAUAAAGGCAUAUAAAGACAAAUCAAAGUCAGGAAAGAGAGGUGGUAGAGAUUAAACACAAUGAAAUGGUUUCCUGUCUUGAUUAGGAAAUCCAGAAUCAUUUUCUGUAAGGCACAUGAACGCUGAUAGGUAAAUGUAACUGACCUGUGAGGAUUUAAUGUGUCUGUUUGUUGUCAAUGAGUGAAUAAACAUGAAUCAUAGGUAAA